AUGGAUCCGAUCGACCGCCUCACCACUGCCCCGGGCUCUAUGCCUCCCAUGACUCGCGGAGCUUCCGAUACUACGGUCACCGUCAACGGGCGACGCCCUAUGCCCAACUUCAUGGCAAACCCCAACGGCCCGGCACGGACGCCCACUCCCCCCAUUUCGAGCCUACGGAACAAUUCCACCCCCGGCGCUACCCUGUCUGCUUCCAGCGGGAUACCCCCGUCCCAGGUCAUCGCCCUCGCUCGGGAAUCAUUGAAGAACUCGUUGGAGAACGAGAAGCAGGUUGCCGAGGCCGGUACCGUCGGAGCGGGCCUCAAGCCUGGCGUUACAAUUGACCUCAGCCGCAAGAACAUUCAGAAGAUACCGGAAGAAGUGGUUGACAUUGUCAAGAACGAACUCGAACGGUUGGCUCUGUCUCACAACCAGAUCUCGUCGCUUCCCGCUCGCUUCUCCGAGUGCACAUCGUUGCGAUACCUCAACAUCCGGGCCAAUCAGAUCGUCGACUUUCCGAUGCCGCUGUGCGAUCUCAGAUCCCUCGAGAUUCUCGACCUGGGCCGUAACCAGCUGCGUGCCCUGCCUCCUGAUAUUGUCCGGCUGUCGUCACUGAAGGUCCUGUCCGUCCGCAAGAACGAGCUGCGCGAACUGCCCCUGUGCCUGGCCGACAUGGCCUCCCUGCAGGUGCUCAAGUUUGAGGGCAACCCUCUCGUCUUCCCGCCGAGGGACGCCUUGCCGAACCAGACACUCAGCCCUCCACAGGACAACGAGGUGACCGACGUGGUCAUGACCGCCCAGGUCAAGCGGUUCCUGAAGCAGCACAUGGUCAGCGGCCGCCUCGAUCCAGAACAGAACCCGGCCGACGACUCCAGUGAGGGGGCAGAGACGCCCAAGGUUAACCUCAGGCGGAGGGUCAGCGGUAGGUUCCCCGUCAGGGUCAGCGGGGCCGACCUCCCGGAUACCCGGUCCCCCAGCACGGGACGCGCGCCUCCCAUUCCACAGAGGUCCCACUACAGGGGCCUCUCGCAGCAGAACACAUCCACCAGACGCCCCGGUGUCAUGCCGUUGACGCUGGGCAACGCCAACGAGAGGCUGCGCAGCAAUUCGGAGACGAUCCUGCGAUCGGAACGACCCGAGAGCCGCAACAGGCGCAUGGGCAUCGUCUCCAAGAAGGGGCCGGACCUGGGCACCGUCGACGAGACGCAGGCCAACAACCGCUUCAGCCACUACCGUGGGCUCAGCCAUGGAUCUGCCAUGCAGGGCGCUCCCGUGGGACCCGACGGAUCGCCGACCCCGCCGGACCAGUACCCGCAGAGGCCCGUCUAUGUGCGUCGUCUGUCCAUCCUGCCCGAGCGCCGUCGGCAGUCGCAGGUCUACUUCCCCGUCGUCGAGGCGGCCAAGGGCAUCCUCUACUCGGUCUUCCAGAUCCACCCCAUGAUCCAGAUGCUCAUGAGCCUGUCCAACGACGAGACGACCAAGAGGUCGAGCCUGGAGAUCGUCUUCUACAACACAAACUCGCACGUCGAGGAGCUGGAGCGCGAGAUCCAGAAGCACGACUAUGCCGUGGUCAGGAACGACCAGGCACAGCGAGACACGGAGAACGUCUACAGGGCCUGCCAGACGCUGGUGGGUGCCUACGGUCACGUCUGCACCCUCCUCGCCGACAAUGCCGACACGUUUGUCGACAAUGGAGACCCCAGGUACAUCCGGACGCUCCUGAUGCUCAUCUACAACAGCAUCAUGGAACUCCGCGUAACCAUGUCGACGACGACCGAGCCUGGCAGCGGACCAGACCCUGCCAGACGGACAUCCUCGGACCCGGACGCAUUCAACCAGGCAGGUUACACGGUGAGGGCGAGGCCGCAGGCGCGCGAGGUGCUGCCGACGCCCAAGACUGCCAUCAGGCCGGGUGCGACGAGGAGCCGCAACGGAACGAUGAUGCACAACCCUGCGAAUCUACGGGUGGCCACGAACGUUCCGGUGCCGGCACCGCUGUAUCCCGGCGGCAUGCAGCCCGACCCGAUGACGGCGUCGGCCACGCCCCGGUCAGGCGAGUCGUUUGCGUCGGCGAUGAGCCGCGAGGUGCCGUCCGAGGCGUCAGAGGAGGACGCACAGUUUGACAGGAUCUUCCUGUCGCUGCAGAAGUCGGCCGACAUCGUGCUGCGCACGCUGCCCAACUUCAACGUGCAGCUGUCGGGCCGGCUGCGCAACGCAGCGUCCAGGGGGGCGCCCAACGGCGUGGUGCAGGAGUACAAGGCCCUCAUAUCCAUGUGCAACAACACGAUCCAGCAGACCGAGGUGAUGCGCAGCCGGCUGUCGCACAUCAAGCUGAAGGAGCCCGGGCUGCGGUCCCAGCCAGGAUUCUGGAACCUGUGCAGCAACUUCAUCGUCUCGUGGACCAACAUGGCCUACCGCAUCUGGUCCGUCAUCAACACCGUGCCCCUGCCGCCGGACACGCGCGCCCGCCUGAAGCCUAUCCAGAAGACCAUCAAGGAGACGAGCACGACCAUUGUCCAGUCGCCCUGGAAUCACCUGGUCCACACAUCGGGCCCUCGACCCCUCAGCGACGCCAACAACAACGGCGGCAGUGUCAAUGGGCUGCCCCUGCCACCGCCGCUAGGCGGAUCGGCGACGACGAUGAUGCCCAUGUCCCCCUCGCAGAUCACGCCGCAGAGCGCGGCCCUGGGACCGGCCAUGCAGGCCACAAUGUCCAAGGCGCCGCCCCAGCAGCUGCCCCAACCCCAGCAGCAGAAUGGCUCGCUCUUCGCGGCAGCCUUCCACGGCAACACGCCCUGA